AUGUCAUCUGCGCCGUCUCCGGGUUCCACUCCGUCAACUCCACCACAACUUCCUCCCGUUCCUCCUCCCGUCAUCGUUCCUCCUAUACUUCAGCCUCCCGUCGUUCCUCCUAUAAUUCAGCCUCCCGUCGUUCCUCCUAUAACUCCGCCUCCCGUCGUUCCUUCUCCGCCUCCUCCUACACCCAUUCCUUCUCCACCUCCCUUGACGCCUUCUCCUCCGCCUCCGGCUCCUACCACUCCUUCACCUCCCUUGACGCCUUCUCCUCUGCCUCCUUCUCCCACCAUUCCUUCACCUCCCUUGACGCCUUCUCCCACCAUUCCUUCACCUCCCUUGACGCCUUCUCCUCUGCCUCCAUCACCAACCAUUCCUUCAUCACCUCCCUUUACGCCUUCUUCUCCGCCUCCACCUUCUCCCUUGAGACCUUCUUCUCCUCCGCCUCCGUCUCCCUCUACUCCUUCAACUCCGCCGAGAUCUUUUCCAUCUCCGCCGCCUCCCUCAACAACACCUCAGUCGGGAACUCUCAUCCCUCCACCUCCAGCAAAUCCCUCUGGCGGGGGAUCUUCACCGCCGCCUUCUUCCCCUUCCGUUGGAUUAUCAACGGGAGUGGCGAAUGCAUAUAGGUACAUAAACUGUGAGGAUUACGAAGGAGGGUUUGAGUCAAAAGACAUCGACACGAUCAUCUCAAACAUUGAGUCCAACUACGAGGCAUGGGCGGUUGCUUUCUCAUCCAUUGUGGUCGACCCAAGAGACUCUGUCUCAGUCCAAAGGUUCGAAAAGUGCCUUAAGAAGAUGAAGCCCGAGACGGCUCUUGCCUUAGCUAAGAUAGUGUUUGGCAGCGACGAGAGAGAGCUUUUGGGACAAGUGUCAGUGCCUUGCCACGUCAUACAGACUGGAAACGACGUCGUUGUGCCUGUCUCCGUCGCAUACUUCAUGCAGGAGAAGAUUAAAGGGAAAUCGACGGUGGAGAUCAUCGAAGACGCGAUCGGGCAUUUCCCACAGAUGACAUCACAUUUGGAGCUGCUUGGAGUCAUGAGGCGUCUCCUCGAUUUUUAAGGCUCUGAAAUAUAAUUAUAUAAUGAGCUUUGCGUCGGUUGAUCAAAUAUUCUUCUUGUGUAUAAUAUCGUAUUACUAGUAUAUUGAAGUGUGUGUCCAUUAGUAUAUGUUUGAGUAAUAUGUAACGUGAUGGAUGUGUAAUUUUAUUGAUAGCACAAAGUAAUUGCCAUUACUAGAUCGUUUUAAAGAAAAUAUAUGGAGUUUAAGUGAAAGUUUUUUCUU